AGUUUUGUUUUUGUUCCAAUUUGCAGUAACUUGGAUGUGAAUUUCGAAUCGGAAGAACAUGCUUUGAUUGUUUACACAACAUUGGCAGUUGAUAAAGAGUUGCAGCCUGAUAAAGUGAGAAGAGUUAUGUCUGUAUCAAACAACAAGCUUUCUGUGCACUUUGAAGCAAUAGAGGCAAGGCUUCUUCGAGCAUCCUUCUCUGCGUUUGUAGACGUUCUUACAUUGGCCACAAGAACAAUUCAAGAAUUUGGGGCGAAACUAAACACACCAAUGUGA